UGCAUCUAAAAUCGUUAUCUAAGCUGAUGUCGUAAUGUUAUCAUGUUACCUAGGUAUAAUAUGUAAUGUUGUUUGUAGUGCUUUGAACCGGGCAUUGUGCGGUAAUUUCUACUUGCCUAUAAAUAUCCGUGUUUCUUUUGCGAUCAACCAGCAUACCUAGAGGAAGCCUCACAGCUUCACUAUAAUGUAGCAGACUUGAAAGUUAAUACACAAGCUUUAAUCGUAAAGCUCAAGUUUAUUACGCUUUCGGCAGCUCCUACAAAGUGAUAUUAAUGGUUGAAUUUCUAAGUAACUGUAAACCAUCAGAAAGAAUUUCAAAGUAACCACCUCAUAUCUACAUUUCAAAUAGUUACAAAAGAAGUUUGAAGAAUUAUAGAUGAUGCUACACAUCGUCACUCAGUUUCUGGUCCUGCUGUUCAUAGCAGUGACCGGAUCCCAGUUCGCGCCUCCAGCACCCUUCCCGUACCCCUUCCAACAGGGGCAGCCGCCGAUGCACAUGAUGCCGAUGCCUAACUCGCAACCAAUGAUGCAGAUGCCGAACGGACAGAUGAUGCAGAUGCCGAACGCGCCUCCCAUGAUGCCGCAUAUGCCGCGUCUGCCUGGCAUGCCUUCAGGACCCAUGCCAGUCCCCAUGGCGUUCCCAAUGAACGGAGGACGAUUACCGAUGGUGGUUACGCCUCAUCACUCGAAGAAAGCUGAUAAACCUCGCAAGUCUAAGCGCAAGCCGAAACGCAAGCGCGUCAACAUGGAGUCAUCUUCAAGCGAAGGAUCAUGUUCAGAAAGUGCUGAAUACCGUUCCAGAAAUAACCUGAGGUCUUCGAAGAAGAAGAGGCGAGAGGUUCUAACUCCUGUGGUGUCGUAUGUCACGAAGGAAGGCUAUGUGGUGUACCAAAAGAAGAUCAAGAAAGACAAGGCGAAGGACUGGCUGGAGAUGGCGAAAGGAGAACAUGAGAGCGAAGAGUAUAAGGACAAAAUAAGGUUCAAGGAUCGUAGCAGUUAAUGACCAGAAUAUUUUUGUAUGUUUGUAAUAAAGAUCUCUUAAAUUAAGUUUGUACCAGACUAUGAAUAAAUGAAAA